GGAUGUUGAUUUUUUACUCCUUAUUAUCAUCACCGCUUCUCAGACUUUAGAAACUUUAUCCACAUAAUCAAAAAUCUUUAACUUCCUACCAGAAUAUCUCCAAGAUAAAAAUGCUUUCCAAGAAUAUUAUUUCUCUCCUCAUCGGAGCAGCAAGCUUUGUGCAAACUUCUCCUGUGCCAGAUACCUUGAACGAGAAACGCACUUGCGGAACCCAACUCUUCCCAAAUCAACUCGUGCAACUCUCGCAGGCAAAUCCCAAUACCGCGUAUCCAAACACAUGGAACACAGACAAAUCCGUUAAGAUCAGUCAAGAUAUUGAUGGCAAUGGUAUGAUAUUUUCCUUGAUGAUACCACCACUCCAAACUAACCUGCUCCUAGGCAACCCCACCAAUCAAUUCUGGGAACUAAUUUCCUUCCCCGCGCUCCCAGCCGGAUCUUACGGCUGUUCACUCACCCUGACCUUCCCUUCCGAUUACUCACCGACUAUUACCGGUGUAUCCCCAGCCCUCAAUGUCUACGCCGUCUCUACACCUCUUCCCGAUAGCCGAACAUUCAACAACAUCAGUCCUAAAAUCACUCCUAGCAUUUUUGGCACUGUUACUCCUGCCAGUGGACAGAGUGUUGUGAUUAAUUCUGGGAACUGCAAUGGUGGUAGUGGACAGGGAUUGACUUUUGUGUUUAGAUAUGCGGAUUGGGUUCGUGGACAGGGAAGUGUGAGUUGGAUCGAGUAUGUUAAUGCUUUGAAUGGAGCCGGUGCUAGGGGUGUUUAUUUGAAUUAUAAUUGUUAGAUGAGAGGCGAGGGACAGAGAGACGGAAAGAAUGGUGCGUUUGGAGUAUUAUUGUUAGUCUUGAAAAGAGGGACUAAGGGAGUGGCUAGUAGAAAGAUAUUGGAGUUGGAUGGAUAGGAA